CUUCACCGACGUUGUCGCAGUUUCUCGGAGUCGGUUGAAUUGUUUAAACGACUACAAGUCAGCGGCAAUGAAGGCUUUGCUAACAGCAACUUUAUUCUGCACAAUCGGAUUCGCGCUUGCCGACGUUGCGAGCGAGUUUCAGGCGGCAAACAUUACGUCUGACAUUUUGGCAGGUCGCUAUCCGAUAGAUUUGAUCGAGGUGAAGUAUGGAAACAACGUCGUAAAUCUGGGCAACGAGCUGACGCCGACACAGGUGAAGGAUAUUCCAGAGGUCCACUUCAAACAUGAAGGCGGUGUUCUUUACACGCUGGCAAUGACAGAUCCGGACGUACCUACACGAGGCUACAAUCGUGAAUUCAACCAUUGGCUUGUUGGUAACAUCCCUGAGGACUCUGUCGAAAAGGGAGAAGUCCUGGCGGAAUAUGUUGGCUCUGGACCACCACAAGGCACAGGAUUACAUCGCUACGUUUUCCUUGUUUAUCGGCAAAAUCAGGGCGCCAUAACUUUCGACGAGAGACGUUUGAGCGCAAGAGACGGUAAACAAAGGAUGCGAUAUUCAGUUCGGAAGUUCGCCGAAAAGUAUAAUUUGGAGGGCCCUAUUGCAGGAAACUUUUACCGUGCACAGUAUGACGAUUAUGUCCCCAACGUUCACAAACAGCUUGGAUUCUGAUCACGAGAUUCAGAAAAAUCUGCUUUUUUAAUUAUGAAUACGAGUAAACUACACAAACACAUUAUAAGAAACUAAAUUAUAUAUGUCUAUACCUAUAUAGGAAUACGGAGGCGUACGAGAAUGACAAAUGUGUGUAGCAAAAAUUUGUUAAAUAAACUGAUUGCAAAUUGUUCUUUAUGGAACAUUCAUUUUAUUUCAAUAUAAAACACUCACUAUCCCGAUUUGCAACUCCAACCAACACAAACACUAGGAAGAUGAUAAUGAAAUAACGAUUUAUGAAUUAUAGAUACUUAAUAAUCCUCAUAGGAUUAAGAAAUGUACAUUAUGCCACAUAGAUUCAAUUGGAUGCACUUAUACACCAAUUCAGGUAGCUGUCAUUACAGAACAAUGCAAUGCAUGUAUCAAGGAUAUAUGCGUAAUAUAUCUUUGGUG